CAUUUUCUGAUUCUCAAACCACAAAAUGUUCACUUCUCCAUCAAACAUAAAAAAAUAUGAUUUAUGGUUUUAUCCGGCAAAUUUCUGCCCACUGCGACCAUCCAUCUCCUCAUUUGCUCUUCGCUGCUCCCAACUUUCAUGGUAGAGACGGAGGGAAGAAGAGUGGCAGAAGAUCUGCCUUAUUCAACAAAGAGGGAAAGGAACUAAGAAGGGAAAAGAGAGUUAGAGAGGGAGAGAGGGAAAUCAUCAGAAAAAUGGAGGAGAAUUACGCGGUGUAGGCAAUGGCGACGAUCCUCCGAACGAGUCACACUCUCCCUCUUCAUUUCUCGCAAUUUCAAUCAAUCUAAGCUCUGCCUUCAAAUUCAUGACUAGUUUAAUGAACUCGAGUGAGAUUGUAUGUUUCGAUUGACCUAAUUUAUGACUCUACAUGUCGUUGGCUACAGGUUGUUGGGUAUUUAUUUUUUGCUCAAUAUCUGAAUCCCCUGUAUGGACGAUGAGAAGGAU